CCGGGGAGCGAAGAGAGCCAUCCAUUCCGUAUCCAGAAAGCCAAAGCUCACAAGAAAGAUGAGGAACCCAAAGAGCCGUGCGAAAGAGUGCGAGGUCGCGGCCGCCAGCGCCAAGCAGCAGCACAUCGACCUCAUCCCGGGGAUGCCGGACGACGUCGCCGUCGACUGCCUGGCGCGCGUCCCGCACGGGUCCUACCGCUCCAUGCGCCGCGUCUGCCGCGGCUGGCGGACCGCCGCCGCCGAGCCGGCCUUCGCCCUGGCCCGCGCCGAGGCCGGCGCCAACGAGGACCUCGUCUUCCUCCUCCAGUUCAGCAACCCGUCCGCGGCGGCGGCCAUGGCGGACGCCGCGCCGGAGAGCGCUAACGCCCAGGCCGCGGCGGCGUACGGGGUCGCCGUGUACAACGUCACCACGGGCGAGUGGCACCGCGAGAGCGCGGCGCCGCCCGUGCCCAUGUUCGCGCAGUGCGCGGCCGUGGGGAGCCGCGUGGCGGUUCUCGGCGGGUGGGAUCCCCAGACAUUCGAGCCCGUGGCGGACGUCCACGUCCUCGACGCCGCGACCGGCGUCUGGCGCCGCGGGGCGCCCAUGAGAUCCGCGCGGUCCUUCUUCGCCUGCGCCGAAGCCGGCGGAAAGAUCUACGUCGCGGGUGGGCACGACAAGCUGAAGAACGCGCUGAAGACGGCGGAGGCGUACGACGCGGAGGCCGACGGGUGGGACCCGCUGCCGGACAUGUCGGAGGAGCGCGACGAGUGCGACGGCAUGGCGACCGUGGCAGGGGACAAGUUCCUGGCCGUGAGCGGGUACCGCACGGGGCGGCAGGGCGGCUUCGAGCGCGACGCCGAGUGGUUCGACCCGGAGACCCGCGAGUGGCGCCGCCUGGAGCGCGUCAGGGCGCCGCCGUCGGCCGCGCACGUCGUGGUGCGCGGCCGCGUCUGGUGCAUCGAGGGGACGGCCGUCAUGGAGUGGCGCGGGGAGCGGCGCGGGUGGCUCGAGGUCGGGCCGUACCCGCCGGGGCUCAAGCCCGGCACGGCGCGCGCGGUGGCUGUCGGUGGUGGGGAGCAAGUGGUGGUGACCGGCGCCAUCGAGUCCGAGGGAGGCGGGCGGCACGCGUUGUGGGUGUUCGACGUAAAGUCCAAGAGCUGGACCAUUGUGCGCCCGCCGCCGGAGUUCGCCGGCUUCGUCUUCUCCAUGGCAUCCGUCCGCGUGUGACGAUGAACAACAACCUUCGGACGAUGCCUCUAUCCCGGAGUUGCCCGCCUCGCACGACCAAGAAGAGUACUGCUAGUGAGUAUGUAUGUACGUGUUCUUGACUUGCCCUGUUUCUGCCAUGGAUGGAUCUGAGUUCUGAGAUCUCGUCGCCUGAGAUCUGCGCGUCGUGGAUCCAUCAACUACUAGUAUGAUCAGAUCAUCAGACAAACUGGAGGAAAGAUUAAAAAAAAAUCCUUUAGGAACGAAGCUUGUGAGAUCUGCCAGUUAGUCAUGGCUUUGAAAUCUCCUCUCCGCUCUUCUCUUGCUGUUGAGACAGCCUUCCUCCCUCUUCUGCUUUUGGUGUUUUUGUCCCAAAGAUAGAGAGGAUUGCUCCGUGAUAGUAGCAAUCGAUCAUUGUACAAUACCAUUCUAAAAAAUUGGAAAAAACCAUCAGUUUUUCCUCCGAAGAAAACCGUCUAGUUUCUCUUCUCAUGAUCAAGAUCCAGAUCUGCCAGUAGCUGCAAAGAUGCUGGAAUAUUCGCAGCGGAAGCGGAUGUGCGAGCCACCUCCAUUGCCGGUGGCUCGCCGGCGUAGAAUAAUCAAUCAACCAAUCAAUCAGUGAGCCUAUGUUUCCUUUUCAUUUCUUUUUCUUCUGUGUGUGCAUUAUUGUGGGCGGCUGGCAGCCGGCCAGCUGCUAGAAUAAACCCGGAGAAGAGAAAAGAGUUGACGCCGCUGCUUGCCGAUCUUUUCUUUUAGCCGCUAGUUGAGGCCUCGCAUUCCACGCAACAGCAAUCGGCGGAACCAGCCAGCCAGCCAGCCACCCACGUCGCCAUCGGCUCCGAUGAGGUCGAUUAUGGCGUCCGUCCGUCCGUGCUUGCAUCACGAUUCUGAACCGUUCAAUCGUUCAUCUGUCUUGUUUCCACGGACGGAUAGCUGUUGCAACUGUAUCCACUUCUUUCUUUCUUUCUUUCUUUCUUUUCUAACAAGAGAGUUCUUCUGUUAGAGAAAGUUGAAUCCGGAGGAUCUCUCAGGUUGCUGUU